AUGGCGUCAGGAAUCCAAAAUGCGCCCGAUGCAGCCGCUAUCCCACCGCAAAAGCCGACUGAGGCUCCUCGACGAUGCUUCAUUUGUUUGACAGAUGAAGAACCUUCAGACCCCCCGGGAUCAUGGGUUGACCCAUGCGGAUGUACCCUUGAAGCCCACCAAGACUGCAUGCUUUCAUGGGUAACAGACUGCGAGCGUUCCAAUAAACCCCUCCAGUGUCCCGUAUGCAAAGAUCGCAUUCAACUGGAAGGGCCCUGGGACCCCAUUGUCUCUGUAACAGACGCCGUUGCAAAUAAGUUUACACGCGUGAGCCCUUUCAUGUUGCUCUCAUCUGUUACAAUCGGUGCGCAGUUCAGUCUCCAGAUGUACGGAGUAUCUGCCAUGUGGGCGUUCGCAGGUCGCCAGGCUUUAGUCGACUAUGUCCUCGGUCCUGAUAUUUGGGCGAAUGGACAAGUCUCAAGAGCAUUGACGACUGGGGGGCAAAGAUUAGGAAAGGCACUGGUAUUAACCAACAUAGGACCAGCUCUCCUCGUCGGACAGUUAAUGCCAUGGUUUGCGAACAAAGUGUUCCUAUCCACAGCUUCUCUGUAUGGUGUCUAUCACGUCAUGCAUGAUGACAACUUCCUCGACUGGCCUCCCUCGCCUCAGCUUGCGAUGGCCGUGUUCCCGUACAUUCGAUCAGUCUAUUUGAACCUCUGGCGUGAAUUCGUCCUUCCGUACGAGGUCAACCUCAACCGACAGAUAAUGGGCCUCCCCCCAAUCGAACCUCGACGAGAUCAGGCGCCCGCCAACGAACGACAACCGGAGCAGCGCGGGGAAGGCGGCGUCUUGGGCUUCCUCACCGGUCUUAUCGAGGCUCUUGAGGGCGAAGAGGCCGACGAAGAUGGUGAGAUUGAUGCCCUGGGACCAAGAGCGCCUGGGGAUGUAGAGGGCCAGGGCGGUGGUGGAGUUGUUAUAGAGCUUGUCAUUGAGGAUGUUGACAACGAGGACAAUGGUGUAUGGGACCAACAAGCUGAGGACAAUGAGAUGCCCCAAGAAGAGCCUCUCGACGAUGAGAACCCAGUGAUCCUGCCAGCUGAGGGCGAAGACUUACCUCCUGCCCCGGUCGAAGCACCCCAAGACCCGGCCGCAGAACCAGCUAUUGGCCUGGCACCUAUCAUUGCUCCCGGGCCUGAAGCCGAGAACCAAGCCGCUCAGCAAAACCAACACGAAGCUCCUCAAGCACCGCCCGCUCGUCGUCCUGGCUUGGGAACGAUCCUGUCCGGGGUAUCCAACGCGAUCGUCAGUGCCUUGAUACUUCCGGGCAUCUCUUAUGCCAUGGGCGAGCUUCUUCGCAUGGCCCUCCCUAAGCAAAUGACUGCUACACCGUCACUCUUCCGAGGAGGCUUAAUACGCCCAGGUCUACUCCAACAGCAAUGGGGACGAAGUCUUGUGGGUGGGUGUCUUUAUGUGGUGAUAAAAGACAUGCUCAGACUGUACACCAAGUACCGUAAGGUGGCUGCGAUUGGAAACAGACGGGUGAAGAAUGUCGACAGAGCCAGACGUCGAAAGUGA